UUGAAAGUACACAAUAUUCCUCUUACUAUAUUGAGGGAAAAAAACAUCAAUUAAUUUUACUCAGGUCCCGGUCUCAAUUAAAUAGACUACUUAAAGUUAUUCAACCAUAGUUUGUGAUUUAAAAGUCCUUAUAGAUGUACAAAAAACUUCUACUUGACCUGUACAAAAUUUGUAUCUAUUAGCAUAAACAUACGUCUUCCUCCUCUCAAUCCUCAAAUCCUUCUAUUUCCUUACUCUCCAUUUUACUCUAUUCUCUUAUAAGAAAACACCAAGAUUAUCAAAGAAAAUCCUUACAGCCUUUUACAUAUGAAGAUGUAUUUACACUUGUUGUUAUCAUGCCCUCAAGACAAUUAAGAUAGGUAAAUUUUAGAACAGUAGUUUUCAAACAUCUUUUGGCCACAGAAUUCUCUGACCAAAUGAAAAUCUUGUAUGGAAGUUUACCCUGUAAAUCACACAAAGUAACACAGCUCUGACUCAAGUGGGAAGUAGGGAGACCUAUAUUGCAAUCUGAUAAAAUUUAGAUUAAUAAUACAUUUUGUUUAAAUUCCCUUUUAUCUACUGUUUUAAUUAAAGCUGGUAUUCCACAAAUUAUCAACUAUAUUUUAGUACUGCAAAAUAAUAAAUUAAUUUCCCUAAACACAUAACAGAAACAAUUCAAGUAUAAUCAUAUGAAAGUACUAGUAGUGAAGUUAAUUACAAACAACAAUCAUCUUUAUCAUAUGAUCACAAGAAAUACUAGUGAUGUGUCACUUAUUACCUAUGUAAGGUCAAUUAUCAAUAGGGUAGAGAAAAAUUCUGAAAAAAACUAGAGAUAAGAAGCUAGUUAUUGUGAAAAUACUUCAAGAUUUACAGAUAAAAAGCUUGCUUGAAGAAAAAUUUUCAGUCCCAAUAUCAUAAAUUUCUAUUUUGAAUUUAAAAACAUGAUUAUUGUACUAUUUAAUCUCAUGCAUAGAUGUCAACUUCUACAGUUUUCACAAUCACUAGCCAAGCCCUACAGAUCCACAUACCACCACAUACUCUUUCCACGUUCAUACCCUACUACCAGAAUAAGAUAACCUGAACUCAGAAAUUUUCCUAUAAACAACAUCUCAUAAUAACCAAAUAAAAGACGAAGAUAAAGAAACAGACAACCUGGAAUUUCUAUUUAUUUCUGUCUCACUGUUGGACAGGGAGUGACAUCUUCAAUUUGAACCUCCAUGACUAUAGUAUAACAAAUGUGUUUGCUGCUGCUACAAUUUAUAUGGGAUGUGGGCUCACAUGACUUUCAAGCAGAAAAGAUCAUCUGCUUCAAUCUCUUUGUUUUAUAGAUUAAGGAUACUGAGGCCCAGAGGAGUAAACCUUUUGGAACUAACUCAUUCUGAACUCCACGAUUAUUCACUACCAACAGUGAAUCUUAACCAUGUUUUUUUGCCUGGUAUGACUACUGUAGUUAGAUGGGAACUAACAUUGUACGGUGCUCCAUUUUACAGAGGGGAAGUUACAGCACAAGGAAGGAAACCGAUUUUUUUAAGGCCACAUAAUGGCCAAGUGUGAAGUCUUUUAUGCUUUGAGUACUUUGCUCCUGUUAUAACUUAGCAGUAAAACCACCAAUGGCAGUGUCAUAAAAAUGAGUAAACAACAAAGUUGAAACUCAGUGGAAUACAAAAGUUGGUGGUAUCUUUUCAACUUGAAUCUUACUAAACACAAAAUACUUUUAGGACUAACACUUAAAUCACCCUAGCAAUAUUUCUUUCAAAGUAUACAGUCUCAAUUAUUAUAUAUCUUAACUCACAAAGUAAAUUUGUUAAUAUUUAAAUUUUUCAACAGUAAUUAAGAAACACAAAGGUUAAGCAAACCACCUUACUUGUUACACUAAAAAAGUCAAAGAUGACGUUAAGAAAUUUUUCUUCUAGUCAAUCUUUUGCUAAGGAGGUCUAACUUUUUUUUAAAUCACUUUUUUUUUUGAACCUUGGGUACAAAGGUUAAAACAAAGUGAAAUGCAAUCACAUGACAUACUUUUUUUUAAUGGCGGAGAAGAAACAGAAUAGAUUCCUUAGCACGCUAGCCUCCGAGACAAAAGAAAAAAGUAAAGGCCUGCGAAAUGAAAACCAUGUGCAUCAUGAUCUUGUUUUGGCCCCUCUCUGUGCUAUUAUCAGACGAAAGCCAGACUUCUCAAACAGAAGUCAAAUGUAAUUUCACUGAAAAGAAUUAUUCUUUGAUUCCAGCGGAUAUCAAUGAAAACGUUACUAUUCUUGAUCUCAGUUAUAAUCAAAUUACUCUGAAUGUUACAGACACGAGUGUUCUACAGACUUAUUUUUUACUCACUGAGCUCUAUUUGAUGGAGAACAAUGUUGCUAUCUUAGAUAAUAAUAGUUUUAGUAACCUCUCCAAUCUAGAAAUUUUAAAUAUCUGUAGAAAUUCCAUCCACGUAAUUCAACAGGGUGCAUUUACAGGCUUAAAUAAACUAAAACAGUUACAUCUCUGCCAAAACAAAAUAUUACAACUGAAUCCUGAUAUAUUUGUGCCUCUAAAAAACCUGAAACUUCUGAAUCUGCAAGGCAAUUUGUUAAGCUAUUUUGAUGUACCACAACUGUUUCAUCUGGAAUUAAUAAUUUUAUAUGGAAAUCCAUGGAACUGCUCUUGUAGUCUCUUGAAUUUGCAGAACUGGUUGAACACCUCGAAUGUGACACUAGAUAAUGAGAACAUCACCAUGUGUAGCUACCCAGAUAUCCUGAAUUGCUACAGUAUCAAAACAGUUCCUUACAAGGGUGAAUGCUACUCACAAUUUCCUUCAUUUGUAUCUGAAGAUCUUUAUAUCCAUCUUCAGUCCAUUAGCAACUCAACAUUUAAUUGCUCUUUGAACAACUUAACAACAACAGAACAUGAACCUCUUGGAAAAAGCUGGGCCUUUCUUGUUGGUGUUGUGGUCACUGCACUGAUGACUUCACUCCUCAUUUUUAUGGCUAUCAAAUGCCCAAUAUGGUACAAUAUUCUGCUUAGCUACAAUCAUCAUCGCCUGGAAGAGCAUGAAGCCGAAAUCCAUGAAGAUGGUUUUACUGGAAAUCCAAGUUCUCUUUCACAGAUACCAGAUACAAACUCUGAAGGCUGUGCAGGAACAUUUGAACAACUACAUUCAUUUGCGGUAGAUGAUGAUGGGUUUAUUGAAGACAAAUAUAUAGACACUCAUGAGUUAUGUGAAGAAAACUAAUUUCUUUCAAUGUUUGAUUCUUUAAAAUAUGUUGUUAUAUCACUCACAGUUUAGGUAUGGAGAUUUUGAUAUGUGACAUACCAAACUAGCAGACUUUCAUAUUAAUAGCAACAUAUUAAUUGUAGAUCCAAAUACAGUAACUGACACUCCUUGACAGCUAACAGUUACAACACUAGCAUUAUUAUUCUCAGCAGUAUUCAGGAGGCCAUACUUACUAGUAAGGAAAAGUAUUAAAAAGCCUUUAAUCAUUAAUUAAACUGAUUCUCAAAUUCGCCCAGAUAUUAAAUAAUAUUAAGUUUUACUGCUUGGAAUCGGUAAAGAAACAAAGCUUUUGGAUUUAUAUUAUCAGCCAAAGUGAGAAA